AUGGAUACCUUGGAAACCCCCAGCGACAGCUUGAAGCGAUCCAUGAACAAGAGGUUAUCACUUUCCGCGCCAUUUUCGUCAGUGAAUGCGGGGCUAGCUGCCUCUCUCGGGGUAAGGGAUAUAGCAAAGCAUCAUGAUAGUAGGAGGAAUACGAUUCUUUUGCCAAAGGAUGUGGCAGCUCCCCAGAGGCCCGCCCAGGACUUGAUUUCAGCAGACAAGGGUUCCAGACUGAUAGGCCUCAAAACGCUGUUUCGCUCGCGCAAGUCGCAGCAUCUUCGACUCGAGUCGGGCUCGUCUGGUUUGUCUGGUAAGCCUAUUAUUGUGGUGGAAGAAGGUUAUAAUGAGGAUCAUACGGCUACUGGCCAUCUGGAGAAUCAGCAGUCCGUCGGGCUUCAGGUCACACAGUCAAGCAACCUCUUGAAAGGAGAUGCCGAUAGAAAGGUCAGUGAUAAGACGGUGUACUCGCUCAGUUCGGAUCUAACUAGUGUGACUGUCUGCCAUGAUCCGUCGAAGCGCACGUCUAUGCCCAUUGCCCUGGUUGAUCAGGACUGUCUUCAUCAUAAUCCUUAUAGUGAUAUUCAGGAAGCGUCUCAUUCCACAGCCCAGUCCAGUGUCAAUCUUGAGGACCUUAAAGGGGCUACUUCGUACUCUAGCAGACAGCAUAGUUCAGAGCGCAGUGGUGCGAGUGGUUUGUCGACAUGCCCCAUUCGGACUACAGAGAAGCCAGAGAACCCCUUUACGCACACCCGAUCCUACAGAUCACGGGGCUCAUCAAGGCAGAGUUCGGACUUUGCCGCCUCGCUUGACGACAGUUACGCAUUGGCACAAGGGGAUCGCCACGCGGCUAUUAUAGCGUUCAAUGAGCUGGCCAGUAGAUUGCGUCUUGAGCCGCUGGAGGUCGACGAGACUCUUAGUACUCAUGGAGGUGCUGAAUGGGGUCAGGUGCCAGCUGAACGGUCUCCUGAUAGUCGUCAAUCUCAUACAGCCACCGGAGAUGAUCAUCCCAGACGUCGGGAUAAGUUCUACGGACGCAUACGAACCAUGCGGUCGACGCUCCAGCUCGGAUCGUCAGACGCACCCCGCAAACGAACCUUGCGUCGGAUGAGGACAUUCGCCAGCCUUUCGCGCCGAUCGGCCGAUAUGACUUCAUUGAAGGGCAAACCCCUGGAAGACCUGGCUCGACUGGGAGGGUACAAUCUGCUCAGUCUUCCGGCCGACUUUGCUCCUACGAAAUUGAGGCUACCCGUAUGCUUUGUGGCGAUUAUCACCUAUCUGGGAUGCUUUGGUAGGAAUCCACAAUGCUCCACUAGGAUACUCUAUCCGUCGCAGGCUAUUGGUUUGUUGACGUCAUAUAUAGCUCCUACCGUACGAAACGUCUUUGUCGACGCCGGGGAUCCGAAACUAGCGGCGCGGACGUACGACUACUACGCCAAUCAGGUGCACUCGGCGGAAAAGCAGCAAGACAAGAUCCAAAUGACGGUUGCGAGUGGCACGAUGCCGGCGAAUGUGGUGGACCCUCUGAACCGGGAUGGGGAUAGUGGCGACGCCAUUCGAGUGUUGAGCGUGGCAUGGGCGUUCAAGGCUCUUCUGUCCGGGCUUCCAGGCGGGAUUCUAGGGUCGGGCCGGCUUUAUCGAGUGCUGGUCCAAAUUUGCCAGGGCCACCUUACGAGUGAGCCAAUGGAGCGGCGGAGGAGCUGCCUCGGGGGGCUUUCGCCCCGAGGUUACGUCAAGGUCAAGGCCAUGAGUCUGGCGAUUCUGGCGCUCAGCGACUCGAUGCAGCUGAACCUGAUCUGUGGAGUGUUUGGACUCAGCGCGCUCUUGCUGCAUGAGACGCAGCGGCUGAUCGAGCUGGAACGCCAGGGCUUUCGGGGCAGCGUCUGCCGGGCCAGUAUUGGGUCGGGGCUGCUGAACCUAGACCGACUGAGUGGAGUGCUGGCGCCACUGCUGACGGAACGCGAGGGGGAGGAGACUCAUGAGGAUACGUUCCGGGCCAUUCAGCGCGAGAUUGAGGGCCAGCGGGUUGCAGCGAUGUUGAUCGGAAGUUGGCGGGGGUUUGUAUUAUUUCUAGUAUAUCUCCCACCCAAAGAAGAAAGUGGGGCAAAUCAGGAUCCAGAUAUCAGCAGCAGCAAGCAGAAUGACACACACACACACAAAAGCGAAAGGAAAAAGAAACAAAUAAUGAAACCAAAAAUUGUGACUUUGAUCCUGGAACAGGCAGGCAAGCUACAGGCAACGGUAGGCCUACUGUUGGUCCAGCCCCAGUACAAGAUUAAUGACUAA